AUGCAACAAAAAUGACGUCACCAAUGCAGAUCUCCCAGCCUUUCAGCGCCAUUUUACCGAGUAUCGGAAGUAAAGAAGCUAUGAAUUAAAUCUGAUUCCAUCCGAAUGAAAUAAAAUUGCCAGUUGCAAUUGGUCAGAAAUAUAAAUUCCAUGGUUUUUACAGUACAUUCGAAAUUGCAUAUUUUGUGUUAUUAUGGCGUCGGGAAGUGGCGGGGAGAUUCAGUGGUGCUUUUCUCAGGUUAAAGGUACUAUAGAGGAUGAAGUUACUGAAGCUGAUAUAAUAUCCUGUGUUGAGUUUAAUUCUGAUGGAGAUUUGCUCGCUACAGGCGAUAAAGGAGGACGUGUGGUUAUUUUCCAGCGCGACUUGCAGGCAAAGGCUGCCAUACCAAGUCGUGGGGAAUAUAAUGUCUAUAGUACCUUUCAAAGUCAUGAACCAGAAUUUGAUUACCUCAAGAGUGUUGAAAUUGAAGAAAAAAUAAACAAAAUAAGAUGGUUGAAAAGAACGAACAAAAAUCAUUUCUUGUUGUCCACAAAUGAUAAAACGAUAAAGUUAUGGAAAGUAGCAGAAAGAGAUAAGAAACCUGAAGGUUAUAAUUUAAAAGAUGAUGGAGGGAUUAUGAGAGAUCCUAGUUCAAUAACAUCACUUCGUGUUCCCACAUUCAGUCCAAUGGAAUUAAUGGUAGAAGCUAGUCCAAAACGUGUAUUUUCUAAUGCCCACACGUAUCAUAUAAAUUCUAUUUCCGUUAAUAGCGAUUUAGAAACCUAUUUAUCAGCUGAUGAUUUGCGGAUUAAUUUAUGGAAUUUAGAAAUUACAGACCAAAGUUUCAAUAUUGUAGAUAUAAAACCAGCUAACAUGGAAGAUUUAACUGAAGUCAUCACAGCAUCCGAGUUUCACCCUAACGAAUGUAAUAUGUUUGUUUACAGUAGUAGUAAAGGAACCAUAAGACUCUGUGACAUGAGGCAACAGGCUCUAUGUGAUUCCUAUGCUAAAAUAUUUGAAGAGCCAGAAGACCCAACAAAUCGUAGUUUUUUCUCUGAAAUUAUUGCUAGUAUAUCAGAUGUUAAAUUUAGUCAUAGUGGGCGUUAUAUGAUAACUAGAGACUAUCUGUCAGUGAAAGUUUGGGACUUGUUAAUGGAAAGUAGACCUGUGGAAACUUAUCCUGUCCAUGAAUUUCUUCGUAGUAAAUUAUGUUCUUUAUAUGAAAAUGAUUGUAUUUUUGAUAAAUUUGAAUGUUCAUGGAGUGGCAAUGAUAGACACAUAAUGACUGGAUCAUAUAAUAAUUUUUUCCGUAUGUUUGAUCGAGAAGGGAAAAAGGAUUACACAUUAGAAGCUUCACGUGAUAACAUGAAACCAGGGACUGUGUUGAAAACAAAGAAAGUUUGUACUGGUGGGAGACGAAAAAAGGAUGAAAUUAGUGUUGACUGCUUGGACUUCAAUAAAAAGAUUCUCCACACUGCAUGGCAUCCACAGGAAAAUAUAAUAGCCAUUGCAGCUACAAAUAAUUUAUAUAUAUUUCAAAGUAAAGAUUAACCAAGAGUCCACUAGGAAUUGGGUGAGAGUAUCAAAUUGUUUCUGGUGACAUGCGGUUACACAGCUGAAUAAACUACAGGUCAGCAUGGGAUUGAACCACAAGAUUGUGUCAUUAAAUUUGCUCAGACUGAGAUGUGAAGAAAGGAAAGUUCUGUGUCAAAUGUGCGUACUGUCAAGUUUUCCGUUCCAUUCCGUAGUUGUUAGUUGUCCAUGAUACAACUGGAUAUCCCGAUGAGAUUUGUUAACAGUAUUUGUGAUGUGCAACGUUUAACAAUAAUCAUAGUGUUCGUUAUACAUGUACUUAUAACAAAAACCUAAAAAUAACACAGAGCUGGGUUGAGAAAGAAAUAAACUUGUGAUAAACAAAUAUAAUUCUAUAGUGUGCGUUUGAAUAUCGUAUUUCGUUGAUUGAUAAGUUUGAGAUAAACCGAAAUCGUGAAAUUUGAAUCAUUUAAUAGUAAAUCAUAAUUGCGUAGUGCAUGUAAUGCAUCUUGUAGAGCCUUUCAAAAUAGAAAAAUUGGUUUAAAGUGCUUUUUGUAAGCACAGUUAUUUGUUUAUACAAAGCUAUUUAUCAUUUAAUUAUUUAUUUUCUAUGAUUUAUGGAUUUUUUGAAAACACUUGAUCUAUUUUGAGGGGCUAUACAAUUUGUAGUUAUAUCAGUGCUUCACACUAAAUCAGUGAUCAAUCGAUUGUUAGAUUGAAUAUAGUAAAAUAAUAUAGAUAUCAAACAGCAUAAAUUAUUUUCUUAGAAUCAAAUAUGAUUGUUUUGUUAUAUUGAAAGACGUAUGCUGAUCUAAACAAACUGUUUUAUACUGAUAGUUACAAUCCUUUGUUCUUGAAUUUGGAGCUCUAAUCAAAAUUUCUUGUGAUUGUACUGUAAGUUUUAAACAUUUGUUAAGAUCACCAAUAUGUUUUAAUGUUAUAUUGUUGUUAAUCAGUCAUAUUGUGUAAGAAUUUCAUUUUAGUCCCCCAGAAUUUAGUUGACUGUUGGGUACAUCUGAAAACCGACUGGUUUGUGAAAGCAUGUUCAUAUAGUUUACUCAUCGUCAGGAUAUACAGUUUGACUGAAAGAUUGCUUGAUGCACUUGUUACAUACACUUCAGGAAAAUUAAUGUUAAAGAGACUGUCAUUACAUUGGAAUGGUUAUAGUCAUUGACCUCUGUCAAAUUUCUUUGCAUUAUUUAGUGCAUUUCUGACAAGUAACAAUGGAACUGCGUAUUAAAAUCAAGAGGAAAGUAUGUUGUACCCAAAGACUAUGUUGUUGACAAUACAGAACCAAAAUAUCAGUAGUGCUAAAUGAACUGUUUUUUUUUUUAGUUCACAUUAUUCCAGUCAUGUCUCCUUUAUGUUGAAACGUUUUGUAAAACUGAAGAGAAAUAAAUGUUGACAUUGUUAAU